UCCAACUUCCAUCCAACCACUCUUGCCUGCUCGCCUGCUUCUUUAAGCCGCCUCCUCUAAUUGCUUGCAUGUAUUUGAAAAGAAUAAAUACAUGGAUACCUGCUACAGUAUUGCUAAUUAAUAAAUCCUUUUCAUCUAUUUUCUGAGAUAUCUUUAAAGCCUAUUCCUCUAGUGAGAAGUAGCCGAGCCGAUCAGAUCAGAUCAGAUGGCCUAAUCCCCAUGACGUUUCAUUUGAACAGUGAUGGCCACGACGUGGUAUUCCAACAAUAUGUAGCCAUAUUAUUUGAACGUGACUAGCACGCGCAAAUUUGGAAAAACCAUCCCGUGGUUUUUCCCGGCACCGUGGUGCGAGUGGUUGUGCUUCUUAUUCUCAAGAGCGAAUGAGCAGAGGAUCUGUGGGUGGAUUCUAACUUAUGGCUCACAUUUAAAGGUGGAAAAACAGAGGAAAAAGGGGAACCCAAAAAAAAAUAUGAAAAAAGAAAAAGGAACGUGGGCAUCAUUAGCGGUGAGAAGUUGCUCGCCGUUAAUUGUUCAAUUUCAAGGUAAAGUGGCAGUUCGGCGAUCCCUGUAAUGCCAUGCUCACACUCGCCCCACUUCUGCUGAUGGACUGGGCCGAAAAAUCUGUUGAAUAAAGCUACAAGGAAUUGCAGUUGAAGGUAUCACUGCUCCUAUGCCCAAAACGGUAAUAGAAAUCUAAUCCCAACAUUCGUUUCUUCUAAUCUGAUAGUAAUCUUGAGGACAUUUUCCAUUUGGAUGAUCGGUUCUUCUGGUGUGCAAAGAGGUUCCUUCAGUACUCGAGCAAGCCGGACUCUUCAAAAGCACGGGGCUAUAAUGGACAAGAUUAAUCAUGAUCGCUUGAAGUCUUCUCAAGACGCUGUUAAAGCAUCCAAAUUCCUUUUUCUUCCUGAAAAACUAGGAGAUAUAUUCUUAGUCUUGAUAAGAAUUGGCGUACUCGUCUGCCUCAUAGCAUCUGUUUCACUUGCUCUUCACUCGUCAUUUUCUAAACCGGCCGGGUGGUUCCCAUUACCAGACCAUUUACAUGCCUUCCAGAAUUCUACAGACAUGGAUAGUGGACCCACUAACAUUUCACAUAUUUUAUUUGGCAUUGGUGGUUCGGCUAAGACAUGGCAUAGCCGUAGCUGUUACAGUAGUCUUUGGUGGAACCCAAACACUUUUAGAGGUUUUGUCUGGCUUGACAAGAAACCUGGCUAUGAUGAUUUGCACCCUGAAAUGUUAAUCCCAUAUCAAAUCUCGAAGGGCUGGAACCAAUUCAAGUACUUGCACUCACAGUCCGCAGUUAGGAUAGCUCGGAUAGUUUAUGAAAGCUUUAAACUUGGAUUGCCAAAUGUGAGGUGGUUCGUAAUGGGAGAUGACGAUACAGUGUUUUUCACAGAGAACUUAGUUACAGUGUUAGGAAAAUAUGAUCAUAAUCAAAUGUAUUAUAUUGGUGGCAAUUCUGAGAGUGUGGAACAAGAUGUGAUGCAUGCAUAUGACAUGGCUUUUGGUGGUGGGGGGUUUGCAAUUAGUUAUGCAUUAGCGGCUCAACUAGCAAAAAUAUUGGAUGGUUGUCUAAACAGAUACUACUAUUUCUAUGGUUCUGAUCAAAGGAUCUGGGCUUGUGUGAGCGAAAUUGGUGUGCCUCUCACAAAGGAAAGGGGGUUCCAUCAGCUUGACAUAAGAGGGGACCCGUAUGGCCUUUUAGCAGCACACCCGAUGGCACCACUAGUGUCUCUUCACCACCUUGACUCCUUAAGUCCAUUGUUUCCCAACCGGACUCGGAGAGAUUCAUUGGAGAAACUCAUUCGGGCAUACCGCAUUGACCCGGCUCGGAUGCUACAGCAAAUUUUUUGCUAUGAUCAUAAACGAAAAUGGUCAAUAUCCAUUUCGUGGGGUUACACGGUACAAAUUUACCCAACAAUGUUGACCCCUAAGGAUUUGCAGACACCAUUACAGACGUUUCGGACAUGGCGAAGUUGGAGUGAGGGUCCCUUCACUUUCAACACUCGACCAAUGAGCUCUGACCCAUGCCAAGAGCCAAUUAGGUUUUUCCUGGAUCAGAUUGAAGAGGUUGGUAGAAGUGGGAGUUUCGCUAGCUAUAAGAGAUUUGCAGACAAGGACCGCAAGUGCUUGAAACCAAAUAAGGAUAAUCUGGAAGUUCAGAGAAUCAGAGUUUCUGCCUUGAAGCUGGACCCAGAAUAUUGGAAAAAUGCUCCAAGAAGGCAGUGCUGUCAAAUUAUGGAUGGUGGAAGCGUAAAGGAUGAUGGUAUGAGAAUCAGGAUAAGGAAGUGCAGGCCUCGAGAGAUAAUUACUUUUUAAGGAUCCUCUGCUUUUUUCUGGUGGGUAUCGUAAAAAGAUCAUUGUGAUCUCGUUCCUGUAGGCCUGCCACCGACAUCUUCUUCUAUGUAAAUACUAACUACGUAAUUCUUCUUAAAAUAAUAAUUGCGUCUGCGCUAUUUAUUUUGUGAAA